ACAGAAGAUGCUUUAUGAGCCAGGCAGAGGUUGGUUCCAGCAGUUCAUGGACUGCAGACCUCUCCAUGCCCCACUGAGAACCUGCUGAAGCAGUUGCCAAAAGCCUCUCGGGUCAGCCUCUAUUGUGCUCAGGCAGGAUCCGGCACCCAGAUACAACCCUUUGGCCUGUUACCACCAUGGAGCUGGGAGGAGCCUUGACCAUCUUUCUGGAACUCUGCUUGACUUGUCUGACCAUCAUUCUUGUCUGGAAACGAAUCAACAAGGGGGGAAAGCUUCCCCCAGGUCCCACACCAAUACCUUUCCUGGGGAACCUGCUACAAGUUCGCCCUGAUGCCACAUUUCAGUCUUUCAUGAAGCUCAGGGAGAAAUAUGGCCCCGUGUUCACUGUGUACAUGGGACUUCGGCCAGUAGUGGUGUUAUGUGGACAUGAAGUAGUGAAGGAAGCUCUGGUAGACCAAGGAGAUGACUUCAGUGGCCGUGGAGGAUUGGCUAUAACAGAGCGAAAUUUCCAAGGUUAUGGUGUAGUUAUGGCCAAUGGAGAUCGAUGGAAGAUUCUCAGACGCUUCUCUCUGACCAUCCUUCGAGACUUUGGGAUGGGUAAGCGGAGCAUUGAGGAGAGGAUCCAGGAAGAGGCCGGCUACCUACUGGAGGAAUUGCGGAAGACCAAGGGUGCCCCCAUCGAACCCACCUUCUUCCUGAGCCGAACCGUCUCCAAUGUCAUCAGUUCUGUGGUCUUCGGAAGUCGCUUUGACUAUGAGGAUAAGCAAUUCCUGCACCUGCUGCAGCUGAUGAAUGAGACUUUCACUGAGAUGAGCACGCCCUGGACACAGCUAUACAACACGUACCCUGAAAUCAUGCAAUAUUUGCCAGGAAGACAUAAUCACAUGUACCACCUGAUAGAGGAGCUCAAGGACUUUGUUGCUUCCAAGGUCAAGAUCAACGAAGCAUCCCUUGACCCCCAAAACCCACGGGACUUCAUUGACUGCUUCCUCAUCAAGAUGCACCAGGAUAAAAACAAUCCCCACACAGAAUUCAACCUCAGGAACUUGGUCCUCACCACUCUGAACCUCUUCUCCGCUGGCACAGAGACUGUGAGCUCCACACUCCGCUACGGAUUCUUGCUUCUGAUGAAGCAUCCUGAGGUGGAAGAGUCCAUCUCCUUCUCAGGUUUGGGUCAUGUGUUGGUCAGUGUCAAUGACCGGGUCAAGAUGCCCUACACGGAUGCUGUAAUCCAUGAGAUACAGAGACUGCUUGACUUUGUACCCAUGGGUGUCCCCCACAAAGUCACCCGAGACACCCACUUCCGAGGCUACCUUCUGCCCAAGGGCACAGAUGUAUUUCCGAUGCUUGGCUCAGUCCUCAAGGACCCCAAAUACUUCCGCUACCCAGAUGCCUUCUAUCCCCAACAUUUUCUGGAUGAGCAGGGCCGCUUCAAGAAGAAUGAAGCCUUUGUGGCUUUUUCCUCUGGAAAGCGCACAUGUCUGGGCGAGGCCUUGGCACGCAUGGAACUCUUCCUUUACCUCACCUCGGUCCUUCAGAACUUUUCUCUACGUCCCCUGGUGCCGCCUGCUGAUAUCGACGUCACUCCCAAGCUGUCUGGCUUUGUCAACGUCCCCUCGCCCUAUGAGCUGUGCCUCGUGGCUCGCUGAGCGCCCCCUACUGGGCGAGAAACGAACAGCAAAGAACAGAGCUUGGCUCUCACGACGUAAACCCAUCCUCUUCAUCUUGCUCAUUCUCACAUCUCUACAAGAAGGCACCAUUUUUCCUGUCACGGGUCCCCAAUCAGCUAGGGUGAUUUCAAACUAUGCAGUUGUAAAUCUUCUACAUGCAGAGGGAAAGCGAUGCCCUGCCCCAAAUGUCCCCCUAAGCUUGCAACUUUGAUGCUGACUUGAUCACGUCUGCCUAAGUUUCAAUCUGAACCAAAAUUUUCUUGUUGAUUCUACGUCUUUACAAUUGACCCUUUCCGUGUGGGCCCUGAUAAUGAUCAAAUGUGAUCUACAGUCCUUUCUCAUCUUGACUCUCUUCUUCACUCACUAGCUGCCCAAAAGUCAACAAAGAAUUUAAGACUCUUCA